UACAUUUGAGAUACGGCCCAAUAGCAGUCUCUAUGGUGAGGGAGGCGGGGCCAGACCUACAACGCCAAUGAGCCCCGGCCCUAACGGCCAAAAAGAUGGCGAUCCUGGCACCUCUAAUUGCUCUGGUGUAUUCUGUGCCGCGACUUUCACGAUGGCUGGCCCAACCUUACUACCUUCUGUCGGCCCUGCUCUCUGCUGCCUUCCUACUCGUGAGGAAACUGCCGCCGCUCUGCAACGGUCUGCCUACCCAACGCGAAGACGGCAACCCGUGUGACUUUGACUGGAGAGAAGUGGAGAUCCUGAUGUUCCUCAGUGCCAUUGUGAUGAUGAAGAACCGCAGAUCCAUCACCGUGGAGCAACAUAUAGGCAACAUUUUCAUGUUUAGUAAAGUGGCCAACGCAAUUCUUUUCUUCCGCUUGGAUAUUCGCAUGGGCCUGCUUUACAUCACACUUUGCAUAGUGUUCCUGAUGACAUGCAAACCCCCUCUAUAUAUGGGCCCUGAGAAUAUCAAGUACUUCAAUGAUAAAACCAUUGAUGAGGAACUAGAACGGGACAAGAGGGUCACUUGGAUUGUGGAGUUCUUUGCCAAUUGGUCUAAUGACUGCCAAUCAUUUGCUCCUAUCUACGCUGACCUCUCCCUCAAGUACAACUGUACAGGGCUAAACUUUGGGAAGGUGGAUGUUGGACGCUAUGCUGAUGUUAGUACACGGUACAAAGUGAGCACAUCACCCCUCACCAAACAACUCCCUACGCUGAUCCUGUUCCAAGGUGGCAAGGAGGUAAUGCGGCGCCCACAGAUUGACAAGAAAGGACGAGCUGUCUCAUGGACCUUCUCAGAGGAGAAUGUGAUCCGAGAAUUUAAUUUAAAUGAGCUAUACCAGCGGGCCAAGAAGCUAUCAAAGGCUGGAGACAAUAUCCCUGAGGAGCAGCCUGUGGCCCCAAGCCCCACCAGUGUGUCAGAUGCGGAAAGCAAGAAGGACAAAUAAGAUCCUCACCUUGGCAGUGCUUCCUGUCAAUUCCAGGCUCCUUCCGUAACCACAAGCCUGAGGCUACAGCCUUUUAUUUAUGUUUUCCGUUUGGCUGUGACUGGGUGGGGCAGGGUACUGCUUCUGAUUUUUAAAGAGGCAUCUAGGGAAUUGUCAGGCACCCAGAAGAAAGCCUGCCAUGCUGUGGGCCAACUGUAUCACUGGAGGAAGAAAGAGAUCUCAUAUGGUGGAGGAGGAAAUGGUUUCCCUCCAAGCUUGGGCCAGUGUGUUAACUGCUUAUCAACAAUUCAGACAUCUCCAUGGUUUCUCCAUGAAACUGGUUUCAUUAUUCCAUCUUAGCCGACCUGCACAGCUUAAUUAGACCUAGAUUUAACCCUAAGGUAAGAUGCUGGGGUAUAGAACACUAAGAAUUUUCCCUGGCUUGUUUAUGGCCUUCAUUAAAAGUAUAAGCCUAACUUUGUCAGUAGUCCUAAGGAGAAACCUUUAACCACAAGUUUUUAAUCAUUGAAGACAAUAUUGAACAACCCCCUAUUUUGUGGGGAUUGAGAAAGGGUGAAUAGAGGCUUGAGACGUUCCUUUGUGGGGUAGGACUUGGAGGAGAAAUCCACUGGACUUUAACCACUUUGACCAACUCCCCACACCCAGUUGAUGGUUUUCCAUAAUAAAAAGAUUGGGAUUUCCUUUUGA